AUGCACUGUGUGUGCUCCUACCCGCCCCAGGGCCUUCAGUCUUCUGCCGGAGGGCCCCUCGCUGGGGAACAAAACCGCGCUGAGCUGGGCAGCAAGGGAGCCGGCGGAAAGACGGCGACUCCUGCACUCGCAGCGCGCAGGCGCCAGGGGUCGCUGUGCCGCAGCGGCGGGUCGGGCCAAUCCCGCCCCUCCCUCCGCUCCCGCCCCGGCGCCCCUCGCGAGCACGUGGCCUUGGCGCCAGGCUCCGCCCCCCUGUCAGCAUUAAGAGGAGCAGCGGGCGUGCCGCCGGGAGGGUCGGCGAUCGCCGCGGGCCGGGCCGAGUCCCCGCGCGCCCUGGGAGCCAUGCUGGGGCGCUGCGCCGCGCGCGCGCUCGGGGCCCUGCGCGGCCUGCGGGAAGGCGCGCCGCCGGCGAGGAGCCCAGGACCCUCGCGGAGGUUGCUUUCUUCUGAGAAGGUCUCUGAGAAGGACCAUUCUCUCCCCAAACCCUGCUGGAGCAAGGACAUGAGGCUCCUCUUUGACCAGUUCAUGAAGAAAUGUGAAGAUGGCUCCUGGAUACAUUUGCCUUCAUAUGAGGAUAUAGCAACUCAACGGAGUCAAGACUUCUCAACCUUUAUUCAUGCUUAUUUCCCGACAGCCUCCGAGCAGAUAAACAAAGAAAAGCUGUCACAGGGCCGGAUCUUCACCAGAAGCUUUGAGGACGGCCUGGGCUUUGAGUAUGUGAUGUUCUAUAAUGACGCUGAGAAAAGGAUAGUUUGUGUGUUUCAAGGAGGCCCCCACCUGCAGGGAAUGCCUGGAUUUUUUCAUGGAGGUGCCAUUGCAACCAUGAUUGAUGCUACUGUUGGUAUGAAUGCGAUUGUAUCUGGGGGGAUCGUCAUGACUGCCAAUCUCAACAUCAAUUUUAAAAGACCUAUCCCCCUUUGUUCUAUUGUUUUGAUAAAUAGCCAACUUGAUAAAAUUGAAGGAAGGAAACUGCUUGUGUCCUGUAAUGUUCAGAGCGUUGAUGAGAAGAUCCUAUACACAGAGGCAACAAGCUUAUUUAUAAAGCUGAAUCCUGAAAAAGAGUUUCACAUAAAAGAGCUUGUGUUGAAUUCUGCUCCACCUGCUUAAGGCUCUCUGUCCUUCACAAGAGGCUGUGUUCCCCAGUCCUGCUCUGCUCGCCCACUGUGAGCCCCUAUACGGUGAAGCCUGCUGACACUGCCUUUAUGAACAGUCUUCUGAAUGCAACUCGAAGAGCUCCGUUUCCACCUUCUACAUUUCCUAACACAGAAGCACUUCCUAUGAGAGUAUCAGCAAUGUUAGAAUUGCUGUGUCACCUGUAAACUUGAAAAUUCCAGAAAACCAAAUGAAGGAGCAAAUAUGUGCAUGCAUAUUUGCAUGUGUGUCUAAUGUGUGCAUGCAUGCAUUCAUGAUUUGUAAAUUCCAAAGCUAAUCUUGUUGUAUCUAAAAUCUUUUUGAGCCUGGCCGGCGUGGUUGAGUGUCGAACUAUGAACCAGGAGUCAUAGUUCGAAUCCUGAUCAGGGCACAUGCCCGGGUUGCAGGUUUGAUCCCCAGUGUGGGGCGUUCAGGAGGCAGCCGAUCAAUGAUUCUCUCUCAUCACUGAUGUUUCUAUUUCCCUCUCCCUUCCUCUUCGAAAUCAAUAAAAAUAUAUUUAAAAAAUAAAAAUAAAAUCUUUUUUACUAUAGUAGGAAACACAACUAGUUCCUAUAGGAAUAGAUUCCUCAGUGCAGUUCUCUUGGAUUCUAGGGAUAACACCACUGUGCCAUCUUUAACAUGGGCAGUGCAGUUGUGUCUUUCCAACAGCAUAGUUUCUCAUCACUGGAAGGGACCUGGUUUUGUUUCCUGUGUGUCUUAAUCUAUUCAGCUGCUAUAACAAAAUACCACAGACUGGGGAACUUAUAAACAACAGAAAUUUAAUGCUCAUGGUUCUGGAGGCUGGAAAGUCCAAGAUCAAAGCGUCAGCAUGGCCACCUUCUGCUGGAGGCUUGCUUCCAGGUUCAUAGCUGGCACCUUCUCACUGUGUCCUCACAUGGAGGAAGGGGUGGGGCUGGGAUCUCUCUGGAUCCUCUUUUAUAAGGGCACUAAUCCCAUUCAUGAGGGCUCCAUCCUCAUUAGUUAAGAAUCUCCCAAAGGCCCCACCUAUUAGCACCAUCACAUUGGACAUUAGGGUUUCAACAUGAGAAUUUGGGGGCAACACAAACAUUCAGACCAUAGCAUUAGGGCUGCCAUAACAAAGUACCACUAACUGGAUGCUUCAAACAACAGAAACUCAUGGUCUCACAAUUGUGGAGACCAGAAGUCCAAAACCAAGGCGUCAUCGAGGCCAUGCUCUGAAAGCACCAGGGAAGGAGCUAUUCUGAGCCUCUCUCCCAACUGCUGGUAGCCUCAGGCCUCCCUUGGCUUGUAGACACAGCGUGCCUCAUUUUAUGGUGUUUCACGCUAUUGCGCUUUACAGAUACGUUUUUACUCACUGAAGGUUUAUGACAAUCCUGUCUGGAGCAGUUCUCAUAGGCACCAUUUUUCUAACAGCAUUUACUCAGCAUUAGUCUCUGUCACUUUUUUUUUUAAUCCUCACCUGAGGAUAUUUUUUCCCAUUGAUUGUUUUAGAGAGAAUGGAGGGGAGGAAGGAGAGGAGAGAGAGAGAGAGAGAAACAUCGCUGUGAAAGAGACACAUCAAUCCGUUGCCUCCUGCACACGCCCCAACUGGGGCCAGGGAUUGCACCCGCAACCCUUUGUUCCAAGGGCCGACACUCUAACCACUGAGCAAAACUUGCCAGGGCUCUGUGUCACAUUUUGAUAAUUCCCACACCAUUUCAAAAUUUUCCUUAUUAUAUUUUAUAGCAAUCUUUGUGUUACUAUUGUAAUUGCUUUAGGGUGCUGUGAACUCUGGCUAUAGAAGAUGGUGAGCCUAAUAAAUGUGUGUUCUGACUGC